AUGACUGAUUUUACACCGCUAUAUAUAAACGCAGCAAGAGGCAAAACAAAGUCUCUUCAUUUUAAAAGUACUCCAUCUGCCGAUGCAGAUUAUGUCGAUACAUCAACGAGCAGCACCACAGAAGAAAUGAUAUCUCUCCCCGGAGGAAAAGUGGUUUUUGGUUAUGCUCAAAACCACAGAAACUUUUCCAAAUUGGAAAUUCAUCCAGACAAAAUCUAUUGCUUUUUAAUCUCCUCUGGGAAGAGUUACAUCAAGGUGGAUUUUAAACAAAAACUCAUCAACAAAUUUUGGUACAACUGCAACAAGAGAGCUUUUGGAUUUGUUUACAACUCAACAGUUAAAAGCAUUCCACCAGAGGAUUUUAAUAGCGGUGGAGUGAGCUUUCAAUUUGACAAAUCUUGUAAAGCUAGCAUUUUUAAACGGAUGACAGAUUUAAUUAAAAUUGAAGCUAUAGCUGAAAAAGAUAAUUUUACAGAUGUACAGUGCAAUGUGCCGUGGGAAAUCUUUGACCCCAUAAAAUUUGCCGAACAAGCGAAGGAAAAGAAAAAUACACCAAAGAAACGAUAUUUAAAAACCAUAACAGACGAUGAGGACGAUGAGGAAGAAGAACCCCCAAAGGUGCAAAUGCAUAAGAAAAAACUAAAUGAUAACCCUAAAGACAGGACUGUUUUGUCACCAGAGGAGGAAGACAGAGAUGAAGCUGUUGAACAAACAAAAGUUGUGCAACAAAAGAAAAAGAAAAAACAAGAACUGUCUGACACGGAAUUUGCACCUGAAAAAAGUAGCGAUGAAUCAGACACAGAAAUUAUUAAGAAAAAUUUUACCAUAGUGACAAGGUCUCAAUCUGCUUCAAAGCCGCGAGAAGACGAAGAUCGAGUUUUACUUAAAAAAUAUAAUAUUGACAUAACGGUUCGAGAUAUUUCUCGACUAGAGCCAGAGGAAUUUCUCAACGACAAUAUUAUUGACUUUUAUAUUAGCGAUCUGAACAACAAAUUUAUGGACGAGAAAGCUGAAAGAGUGAAGAACGAUUUUUACAUUUUCAAUACCCAUUUUCAUCCUCUCUUGAAAAGAGACGUUUCAAGAGCUGCAACUAAAAUUGCCAAGAAUGUGAAAAUCUUUGAGAAGAAACUAGUGUUUAUACCCAUUUGUGAACAUGUUCAUUGGUCUCUCAUUGUUAUUUGUAACCCUAAUGGCAAACUUGUUAAACCCGAUAAAAAAGAUCCAAAUAAGAAGUUUCCACCUGAUGCAAGAAUGAUCAUGUAUUGUGACUCUUUAGGAGGGGUCAUCCCAACAACCAUCACCAAGCGUGUGAGAGAUUUCUUAACGAAGCGUUAUGCCUUUGAAUAUCCAGAUUCCAAUUCUUCCUUUUCAGCUGACAAUUUUCCUGCAACAAAAGCGAACCUACCAAAGCAGGACAACCACUGCGAUUGUGGAGUUUUUAUGAUCCAUUACAUUGAAAUGAUGAUUCGACACGAAAUUGAUUCUCUUCCAAUUGACAAUAUUGAUUUUUUCAGAGCUGAAGAUAUUCCUGAGAAACGACGUCACAUCAAGACCUUAAUCGAAUAUGAAAUUCAACAACAAGAACAUAUGGCUCAACCUCCACAUGAUCCUUCAUUUAACAGCCAAUCUGAUUCGAUACUGAUGGCAUCUCAGCUCUCUGCGUUGGAAAAUAUCCACAAAGAACUGCAAGAAAAUAACCAAACUGAAUCAGAACUGCCAGACGAAGAUCUUUUUCGCGAUGAGAUUCUGAAACGAGAUGACGAGAGUGAUGAAUGA